CUCUAUACAUACUUAUCAGUCGAAAAACUGUUGUACCAUUAUACAUUUUUCUAUAUUUUGAAUAUUUACAUGACAAAAUAAACAAAAUAAAUUUACUCUGCCAUGAUAAAAUAGCUGUAACAUAAAUUUUGAUUCACUCUGUAUAGUCACAUACAUUUAUUUCAAUAUCUUUUUAGUUUUUCUUUUCAUUAAACUUUUUAAAUAAUUAAUAGAUAAUAGUUCCAAAUUUGAAAUCAUGAUUAAAAUCAUAAGAAGCCAAUUGUCCCAAUUAUUAAUCUUCCGAAUGUUUCCUUUUACCUCUAGUAAAACAAUUGAAUCGUCAAAUUAUUUUUGUAAGUUGUCUAAAGGUCAUAAGUAAUACUUAUUAUUAAAUGUAUUUCUUAAAUCAACAAAAUCAUUUUAUUAAUAAUAUUGAAAUGUUGAAGGUAGAACAAAAUCAGACCAGCUAUGUCAACUAAUUAAACAAAAUCGCAGCUUUGUCAGCACAUCACCGCCAUCAAUUACAAUCAUCGAUUAUCAUCGUUUCAAGAAAUUUCUCGACCAAAAUGAAGCAUUGAUAAUCGAUGUACGAACCAAAGAAGAACUCGCGGCGACGGGUAUUUUACCAAAUAGUCAUAAUAUUCCAAGUAUGCAAAUAAAAUAUAUAUUUGUAUGGCAGGUACUAUGCAAUAAAACUACUGCAGUAAAACAUAAAUAUGCAUAACGUUAUAAUAAAUUGAUUAUUACUAUUUACUUUUGGUUUUUAUAGUUGAUGAAUUAAGUACGGCGUUUAAAUUGACACCUAAAGACUUUUUAAAUAAAUACAACUUCCCCAAACCAGAUACAAAUAUAAAUAUUAUAUUUUCCUGUGCCAAAGGAAUAAGAAGUUCAAAUGCUUGUAAAGUUCUUGCAGAAUUAGGUUAUACAAAGUAAGUAUAUACUUAUAAUACUUUCACUAUACAAUUUUAAUACAUUUUUGUUUUGAAUAUUAUAUGAAUACCCAUUAAUAAUUAUUUUUCAGUCUUUUUAACUAUAUGGAAGGAUGGUACGGAUGGGAAUCUCGGCAUAAAUAAAACAACAAUUAUAUUUUAUCUGAACUAUUUCUUUAGUAGGUAAAUACUACUAUAUUUCACGAGAUCUUAGCAGAUUAAAUUUCUUUGAUUUUUUUUACUAAUAGGUUACUAACAGUAAAUACCAAUGGUAAAUCAACUUGAAUAGUCUUAGAAGUUACAGUAUGUAGUAUUAUACAUUCUUGAAACAGCAUACAUUUAGGUUUAUGUCUAUUGCAGAUGUGUUUAAUGAUGUUACUCAAAUAGAUAGUCCAAUUCAAUUUAUCAUUCUUUCUAUAAAAGUUUUAUUAUUCAACUUUUAAAAAACAAAUAACAAUUUUUACGAAAUGUUUGAAUUAUUUGCUUAAUUUAUCAUUAAAAAUACAUUUUUAGAACAAAUAUUGAAAAAAGUAUCUUACAUUUAGUAGAUUAAUCUAAACCUGUGUUAUAUUUUUAAUAGUAACAAAAGUUACAAAAUUAUAUGGUCUCAAUUUAUACUCAUAUAGGUAUAGCCUUAGGGAUAUUGUUUUUUUUUUUCAUAUUUUUAACAGCUAUACAAAUAAUAUAUCACUCAACACUAGAUAAUUAAUGUAACUUUUUUUAAAAAAAACUUAUAAAAUUAGUAUAAUUUACAUAAAUUUUGUUUUUUACACAAUAAACACAAAGAAUCUAGGUGUUAAAUGAUUUUUUAUUUUUUUCUCUCCUAGAAUCCAUUCUUAAUAUUUUUGAUGAAGAGCAUUUAGUGACUACUCGUAAAAAACUUAUUUUACGUAUAUACUUAUAUAUAUAUAUAUAUAUAUAUAUAUAUAUAUAUAUUUCAUAUUAUAUUUUGUGUAAUAAAAAUUUUUAAUCGGAAAUAUUAUAAUUACAUUUAUUGAGUGAAUAAUUAAUUAUAAGUGUUGAACUUGUCACAAAUUAAGUUUAUUUUAAAAAAUAUUGAAUACAUCACAUUUAGUAAUGGAAAUGUAUACAUUUUUUAAAUCCAGAUUUUUUUUCAGAAAAUUGUAAUUAUUUUUAAAAAAUUAUAAAAUUAUUGGUGGUAUCAUCUAAUUUUUAUUUUAUAAGCGAGUCUAAAUAUCUAAUCAAGUAAUGUGAAGAUGCAGACUUAGUUAAUUAAAAAACAAAUUGGAUAAUUCUGUUUAUGUAACUGUUUUAUAAUUUACUUUUUUAUUUUAUUUUAUAUUUACCUUUUAAACAAUUUUUUUUGUUUUCUAGGUAUAAUUAUUUUAUCUAAAAUUUACUUAAAGAUAUGCAACUUUUAGUAUUAUCAAUGAUAUAGUUCACAUUUUACAUAUCUAAACAUUUCCAAUUGUAACAUUAUUUCCUUCAGCAGAUCUUUAUCUCCCACCUUAUUUUAUUAAUGACAUUGAUCUCUGUACUUGUUACUUUAAUUUACAAUCUCGGAUUUAACUACUCCCUUAACCUUUGUUUUAGUUCUCACAUCAAUAUGAUUGUGAAUAGAAUACUUAAGACACUUUGGUUCAUCAUGCGCAACACUAAAUUAUUUAAGUUAACUAAAUGUCUGUGUACUUGAUAUUUCACUCUUUUAAGUUCCCUUCUUGAGUAUGGAUCCAUUUUAUGACAACCAUACAUAGUUAAAGACCAGAUACAACUUGAAUAGGCCGUUAAUAAGUUAUUAAAUUUUAUCACUUUUAAAAACAAUAUUCCUCAUGAAUCUCAUGAUUACACCAAUAUUAGACAGGUUUUAAAUAUUCCUAAAUUUGCCCCAUAUUGUGUUAAAAUUGGAUCUAGACUUCCUAUUUUGUCUUAAAUGUUUCUCUGAACCCUACAUAAUUUAUUGUCACUAUACCAUAUAAGUUACCUUCUCAUUCCUCAAGAAUUUAUUUGCUGAUCUAUUUAUCUAGACAUAAAACCUCAUAUUAUGGUCACAACCAUGUCUUGCAUUGUAUGCUCAGAAUUGCAAAUAAUAAUAAAUCCUUAGGCCACUUAAUUAUUAUUAUCUAAAUAUUUCUUUUUAGUUUAUUAGUAUAUUUUGCAACAAAUUUUUUGUUUAUACUACCUUUUGCUUUUGUUUUAUUAUUUAUCACACUCGCCCUAAUAUUAUAUCUGUAUUUACAAUAUUGCCAUUUACAUGGUGUUUAAUAAACAAUAAAUAAAUAUAGAUAUUGUUUUGGUAAGGUGACAUUUUGAUCUGUUUGAAAAAAAGUUUAUUAAAUAGCCCAUUAUCCUUAUUUUAGAUAUGUUGAUGAUACAUUAAUUUUAUUUUGAAUAUCAAUUGGGUAAGCUGUUAACGUGGUAAAGUAUAAAUAAGCAAAUAAAAUUUGUACUUUAAGAAAAUUAAUUUCUUAAUGCUAACAAAUAACAUAGUCUAUAUUAUAUUCAACUAUAGUAGGUAUGUACAAAAAGUCUAUCUCAAUACUAUAAUUCCAAUCAUCUAUACUCGCAUACUCUCGUUUUUAAUUCUAUAUUAUAUAGACUCGAGUGAGUAAACAUAAUUAUCACUAUGAACUCAACUAAUAUUAUCCAUGAUAAUAUGAUCAUAAUAAUAAUUUCGAUAUGAAACUCGUAAGAAAAAUUCACAAUCGUAUAAAAGUUAAAAUCAUAGACCUAUAAAAAAAAGGUUUAUGUAGUAUGAUUUAUUACAAUAACAUUUUAUUUGCAAAAAAAUUAUAAAAACAAAAAUUAAUUUUUACCUACUUUUACAUUAACUUCAGUUAAAACAUUCCCCAAAAAUCCAAACUUGUAUGAUACAAAAAAUAAAUUAAUCAAAAUGCUCAAGAUUAAAAUAAAGUCAAGACCAAAGCCUUUAUAGUCUAUGAGUCAAUAGCCAAUGCCAAAUUAUUUUUUAAUUUAUUAAUUGACAAUCAAAAUUGUGAUAAAUGAUAUUUCACCCAAUGAAAAAGGCGUAGCUGGACUCCACCUUUGAGUAAACUUCCCUAUAGGAGUAUAUAAUAUAUAUUAUUACUUUAUUAUUAAAGUCAUGAUUCGUUCCGGGUUCUGAUAGCAAUAUUUGAUAAGAGAGUCCAGUAGUAAAUAAUAUAUUAUUUAUUAUCUAAAUGUAUAUUUAUUUAAUUUAAAUUUAUGGACCACAAUGGAUAAUUCUAAAGAUCCUAGAAUUCUCCAGUAUUCUCUAGAUAAUACUAUAAUAGAUUACUCUAUUUUCUAUUCCGUGAUAUGUCUGUAAGUUGCUGGUGCUGACAUACUUACCUGUUUAAUCAAUUCAUGUUUAAUGUUUGAAUUGAUUGAUCAAACCAUAAAUUGAAGUAAGCAAAUGUAAUAAUAAUUUUUAAUGUAGAUAUGAUCACUAUAAAAUAUAUGGUGGUCGGGAAACAAAGAAAGAAACUUUAUUUAGAACAUGAAUUCAGACAUUAUAUUUAAACCCAGAAAUGAAAAAUGUUUUUCCUAAACACCAUCAAUUUAAUAUCUAUACAGAGGUACCUAUGUUUUAAAUUGUGCAUUAAUAUUUGUGUAUUGUGUUUUAAACAAUAUGUAUUGUUUUAAAUAUUUAGUAGACAAUAAAUAUAUUGGUUAUAAAUUAAUUUUUCUUUUUUAAUGCCUUAUAGGCAUUAAGGUCUUUUAUACUUCCACUAAAUCUUUUCACUCAAACGUUUAAUAAAUUAUUUAUUUCAAAAUUGAAAAUAUCUUAUCAAUAUUGUACAAUGUUCAUUCUAUGUUAUAAUUAAAUCCAGGAGUUAUUUUCAGAUCAAUAUCAUUGGUUUUUAACUAUUUUAAUUUUAUAAUGUUUGUGCUGAUUUAAUAUUGAAUCUACAACAUAGUAUUACUACCAAUAAGUAUACUUAUUAAACGAUGUAUGUAAAAUUACAAAUAAAUUUGUAUGGUAGUAUUAAAUCAUUUAACAGUAAAAUGUUUAGCAAAGAUUAUUUAUUUUUUAAAUUUUCCCUGUAUUAUUGCCAUUAUUCCUCAUCAUCCAUAAACUAAUUUGAUAAAACCUUAGAUUAUUACAUGAUCUAUAGGUAAUAUCUAAUUGGAAUAUAGAGAAAACCUUAAAUUGACAUUCUGUUCACAUCAAUUUUUCAUAAUUUCGGUUUUUUAGAAUUGUCAAAUAUACUAUACAAUUUCAUAAAAAUGUACAUUUUUAUUAGAGUAUCAUUUAUCAUAUGCUCUCCAUUAGAUAUGAUUUUUGUUAAAUUUCUGAUAUUUCCAUUAUAUUAAGUACAUACUAUAUUUUAGUGUAAAAACGUCUAAUAUGUUUUUAUGUUAAUAAAUUAUUAUUAUGAUAGUAAUAUUUUUAGAUCCAAAGAAAAAAAUGGAAAUAUCUAAAACUGAACCGAUUGAAAUAAAACAAGAAUUGGAUUUAAUCGAUGGCUGGAAUUAUUACAGUGAGAUUACUAUUGAAAGAGAUCCUAAGGAAUACAUUUUAUAUAAAGAAUAUAACAAAAACCAAUCGCAGCAGUGAGUAUUUUUAAAUUGGGUUUUUUUUAUAGUUUCAGUUGAAAAAAAAAGCAUUUAAUCUGCUAGUGUUCCCUAUUAAAAUAUUGGACAUGUAGGUAUUAUACCAUUUUCAAUUUGGUUAGAGUUUCAUAUGCUCUCCUCCAUAAGAUACAAUUUUUGUUUAUUAUUGAUAUUUUAUUUUUAUUUAGUUUUAAGUUGUAAGUUAAUUAAUAUAAAUUAUGAUUAUGACAUUUUUCAGCUACAUAUGUGACUUAAAAGAAGAAAAUAAACAGGCAAAUGACCAAAAUAUUGAAAUAAAAAAAGAAAUUGAUUUAAUAGAUAGUUGUAAGUAUGAAAAUGUAAAUACUUCACCACGUCAUAUAGAAACUAAAAUUGAAGAAAAAUCAUACCACUUUUCACCAACAAAACCUUUCAAAAACAAUUUGAGUAUCAAAUCACUUAGACAAAAAUCUGAUUCAGUUUACAAUGGAACUCAUAACAGUCAGAAACAAUUUAAAUGUGAUAUUUGUCAACAUUCAUUUACUCAAUUUUCUAAUUUAAAACGGCAUAAAAUGAUUCAUACCGGUGAAAAAGCUUACAAAUGUGACAUCUGUGAAAAAUCAUUUAGACAAAAAUCUGAUAUGAUGAUACACACAAGUGCUCAUACUGGUAAAAAACCCUUUAAGUGCAAUAUUUGUACAAAUUCUUUUGCGUUAAUGUCCCGUUUAAAACAGCAUAUGAUAAUCCAUACUGGAGAUAGGCCUUAUAAAUGUCCCACUUGUGAAAAAUCAUUUAGACAAAAAAAAGAUUUGCCAGUACAUAUAAGGACUCAUACAGGUGAGAAACUUUUUACGUGCGAUGUUUGUGAAAUGGCAUUUUGUAAAAUGAUGUCUUUAAAGAAUCAUAAGUUAACUCAUUUAAAAACCAUUUAGACAAAACUCAUGCAAACUCAUAACAUUCAGAAAUACUUUAAAUGUGCUGUUUGUGAAAUAAUGAAUUUACUAAAAUUGUCGCUUUAAAGAAUCAUAAAUUCAUUCAUACUGGAGAAAGGACUUACAAAUGUGACUUAUGUAAAAAUUAAUUUUGAUUAAAGAACUUUAUUGGCUAUUCUUAUUCAGCCACUCUUACUGGAACACUUUGUAAACACCAAUGUGCUUUGUAUAAAUAUUUUGGUGUUAAGAUUGAAUAUUGUCCAGUCAUAAUUUCCACAGAUCUUUCUAAUGUAACUAAAAUUGCCUAUGGAGAUAUAUUUUUAGACGAAUCAUUUUAUAAACCAAUCAUAAAAGAAAAUAACCGUGCAAUUAAUAAUGUUAAAAUUGAAACUAUUGAAGAUACUGAAUAGUUCUAGUAAUAGUUAAAGAUAGUAAUAACCAAAACAAAAAUAUAAAUAUCAAACAAACAUUUUUGUUCAUCUUCAAGUUACAUUUCAAAUAAGAAAAUUAAUAGUCAAGGAGAAUGUGAGACUAUUAUACACCGCUGGUUAAUAAGUUGCAUUGAGAAAAAUAUGGUCCAUGAUCAAAGUUCAACCAACAAUAAUAGCAAGAUCUAUAACAAUUAUAAAAGGUAGUAAAACAAUUAUUAGUAGGUUAACCACUAUAAGAAAAAAAUAGAAACCUAGGAUUGAAUAGAAAUUUAAUCCAAAAAAAAUUUAAAAUUUCAUGCACCUUUUAACUUGUAAAGGCAUAUUAAUACAUUUUACACAGUUUGUUUAUUAUUUUUGUAUAACAUAUUAUAUUUUUAUUUCCUAAUUUAAAAAAAAUAUAUAAUAACUAAGUAUUCACUUAACAAAAUGUUCAUAAUAGCUUUUUUAAAUAUAUUAUUCCAAGAAUUUCAAUUUAUCAUUUAUUUACAUCUGAAUAGUUUUUUAAUAACAGCAGUUAUAAUUUUUAUAAAAAAGAGAAAAAAGCGAGCCUUGAUUUAUUGUGUUCGGUUUUUAUAUUUAUUGCAUUUAACUUUUCAAUUUUAAAAACUGACCAACAAUACUCAUUAUUAAAUUAUAUUAGUUAUUUACGUGUAUAACAAUUAAUUGUAUUAUAAAUGUUUUAGAUUCUGAGGGCAUCAUGGAAUGUAUUGGUUUUAUUAAAAUGUGUGCUUUUUUUUUUGUUAUUAUAUUCUAUACAUUUAAGCAAUGUAAAUAUUAAGGCAGACUGUAAAAACAAAAUGUAAUGAUUUAUACAUUAAGACAGAUUGUUAGAACAAAAAUUACAUUAUACAUGUUUUAACCCAUUGUGACUCGAACAUAAUAUAUAAUAUAUUAUAUUUUCCCUAAUCAGAAUGAUAAUCAGUGCUCUUUUACCUAUAGUUGGGGCAAUGAAAAACGAGCGCUGCCCAUCAUGCACCAAGUGGUUAUCAAUCUUCUAAACAAACAGCCCACGUUUUUUUAAAAAGAUUAAAUUAUUUAUAAAAAGGUAUGAUUAUUUUUUAUUGGUUAUGGAUUUAUUUUAUAUUUCAUUAUACAAAUAAUUAAAAAAAUAUUUACAAUGGAAAAAUAAUAAAACACAAAUAUAUUAUAACAAAAUGACAAUUUUUAUAAAAAUGUUUUGACAUCAUCUUCACUAUCUUCGUCGUUGCCAAAAUCACUGUCGUCACUUUGGAAGGUUAUGAUGAUCGGCUCUAACAAACUGUCUCUUAAUAUCUCUUUUUCAUUAUCUUGAUCCUGGAUUGUCUCAGCAUGUCUGACGCAUUUUUCCCAAUCAUAUUUUGAUACCAAAUCCAAUACCUUAUGAGUGAGUUUUUCGACACCCACCAUUUUGAACGUUGAAUUAUUUUUUGCCACUUCGCCUUUUAACUUGAGCCCAUAUAAGUUCAAUGGGGUUAUACUGACAAUGGUACAGUGGCAGUCUUACUGCUUCAUGGCCCAUUGAACAUGCUAUGUCAUCUAAUUCAUACCUAUUAUAUGACUGUUUCAACAAUUUCACACAUUCGUGAAGUCUGCUAAAGUUUUCAAUAAUGAAAAAUUAAUAUUUUGAUUAAAAAAAUUAUUUUCAAUAAAAUGGUAUCUGUCACUAGUUGACUGGAAAUUAUGAUGAACAAGACUGCAGGGAUCUUUAACCUUUUUAUAUAGCAAGCCAUAUAUUAUUUUUUAUAAAUCUUGUGGGCUGCAUUCGUAGUAAAUGCGUGUAUUUUAUACAAAAAUUCAGUUUUAUUAUUAUAAUUUGUGUGAUUAUAUUUUAAAUUGCAAAAUAUUAUUAUUAUUAAAACAUACAAAUAUAUAUAUGUAUAUGUAUAUAGAUUAACAUAUUUCAAAUACCAGCUGCGUAUCAAUGAAGCCUAUGGUAGUCUGCCUAAUAUUCACCUUGAAAAGUAUCACCUGUGUUGUGGCAGUAUGCAUUUAAAAAUAAACACAACUAUACAGUACAUAGGCUCCUAAUACAAAUUUCUGAAUAUGUAAAACAAUGGUUUCUAAAAUGUUUUUUAACGUUUCUGACACCACAAUAUACAGAGUACCUGUGAACCAAUGAAUUAUUUCGUAAAAAUACUUAGUACAAACUUUUGAAUAUGGGUUCAUAUAGCGUUAAAAUUAUUGUCCUAUAUACAAUUAAAAUAAAUGGACAAUAAAUUUUAAGACUAUCAAAUCCGAAUGUAUAGUUUUCUUUAAAGUUACACCGUUUUAAACAAAUUAUUAGUUAGGUGCUUGUUAGGUUAACUAUUUAUAUUAAUUUGGUAGGUACUUUGUAUAAUUUUUGUUUAGGGACUCAGUAUCUUGUAGUUGAUGAGGUAAAAAUUUGAAAAUUACAAGGAGUGUUAAUAUAAAUACAUAAAGACACAAUUUGUAAGAAAUAGAAAACAUGGUUAUUAUUAGUUAUUAUUAAGAGAUUAUACCACUGAACUAUGUACUGAAGCCACAUUUUCUUUUAGAAAACAUUUAGCUUUUAAGUUGUGUUAUUGAAUUAUAAUAUAAUUAUAAUGAAAAAUAUUGUUCAUUAUUUCUUUUAGGAAGUACAAAUGAGGUAUAUGAAUUAUAUUCAAUAUCAUUAUUAUGCAUUUCAUCAACGUGGCCACAAUUAUUAUUACUAUUUGGAGUUAUAGUAAGUGUUUCAAUUUCCUAUAAGUAUGUUAAAUAAAUCAAAAUUACACAAAAUAUACUUAAAAUGGUGUUAAAUUAUUAAAUUGCUUUAUCUAGU